AUGGAUGCGCCAUUAGACGGGCUGGCUUGUAUGCACUUCGCCCUCAUCUACAUAGACGACAAUGGCAAAUUACGUUUCGAGGCCUCGCAAUCCAUCGCGAAUAACUGCCAGACGAUCCUCUCUCCCAGCGUGACGGAAAACUUUCUGCGUGCGGUGGCACUGUCGGGCAAAGGUGAUCCAUCCAAAAUGCUCGAAGACAUCAGAGGCAGAAGCCCACUCUCCCCAGAAUCUCCCAGCGCCAGCGAUCUAUCAGCUAAACAAAUGUUCCACUCCACCACAGAACCUCCUCAGUCUAAAAGGAAGCGGGUAUCCCAUGAAUGCCUCGUUCCCAUGAGCAUCACCUGUCACCAGAAGUCCAUGCUGCCCGUGCGCAACACCGGCCUUCUGCGCAGAUACUACGAGAAGGCUUUUGACAGCCUGCAGCAGAUCAACUGUCGCAUCCUUGCCAAAGCAUACAUCAAGCUCGUGGAGCCCCGGAAACAAGUCAACUAUCCAUACAAUGGACGCAAGAUCAUAUCCGGAUCAUCGCAGCAAUUUGACCCUGAACUGACCAAGCCAGCCUGGUGGCCAGCGGGUGUCACUCACCGCGAACCGGAUCACCUUCUGAAAGCGGUCGCGCUAACGUUGGAUGUAGAGCGUAUCCGCCUGCUUGUUCAUAUUCUCUGCGAGCUGCGUGAAAGUCACGCUAUCUGCGUGGAGAAAUUGAAGGAAGCCGACCAGUCUGUGCGGCGCCAAAUCGCUCCCGUCGAACGUAUCCCCGUGCUCGAUGAGAUCUACCACGUACGAGAGGAGGAAGAACGAUACCUAGACGGUCGAACAGCAACUGCAGAUGGCUCCGCCGUGAUUUGCGUUUCCCGCGUCCACCUCCCCGAGCUCACCGACUCCCAAACUCUGGGCUCACCCACCCAGACCCUCAAAGAAAGCAAUCCCGUCUAUAGGAAGGAAAUUCCUGAUCUCGAAUCACACACAUCCGUCUUCCCGUCCACCGCCACCACAUCCCCGCUCACGUCAAAGCCACCCACAUCGAAGGCGUCAGACCCCUGCAAGCCUCCUAUCCCUACAGCAUGGGAUACCGACGCAUCGGCCUCGUUCGCGCCGCUCAAGCGUCACCGCGAGGGCGACUAUCCUCUUGACCUCACCGGGGGAGCCAUGUUUCACCAGGAGCCGGCAGCGGCAGCGGCAGCAGCCGCGACAACAACCUUGGACGCCAAUCCUUAUUCAAUGAAGUAUUACCCACACAGCCAAGCACAGCAGUCCUUACCUGUUAUGGGGCUUUCCGGAGAUCUUGGGAGCUGCACACAUCCAUACUACUUUAAUUAUUAGACUUCUCUUCCCUUUGUUAUGGGUUUUCCUUGUUUCCUUUGUUUCUCGGGUCCGGUUGGGGUUUUAGCAGGGCGUGAUGACGGUCGUGUCUUCCUCUUUCUUUCUUUCUUUCUUUCCUUGUUUCUUUUGUCCUCGUCAUUCAUGUAAUGCGGUUAUUGGGAGGAACGGCCUAAAAGAAGGG